GUGGGUGGGCACUGAGGACAUGAUGUCACCAACCUUGGCUCUCCAGACCACUCUUCUGGAUCUCCUGGAGGACAGGUCUCCAAAGUUAGCAUUUAUGAGUCAGUAUGAGAGCCCUACAGGCAAGGAGGCACUGGUUUAAUCCCUGCAGUCGUGUCACGUUAAUUAUGCUCUUCCCAGGAAAUCACCCGCUGCUCUAAACACAACCACCUUCACCUGCAGGUCUGGGUCUGCUCCCAGGUCAGUCACUCAUCUCUUUCCCCAAAAUGAAUGAGCGCGGGAAGACGUGGAUGUGGUCCAUCGUUGUCCUGAUGCUACUGGCUGUUAUUGUUGUGGGGGCGACAUUAGUCGGGGUGUAUAUGACGCAGAAACACACUGAAGCGGUGGUGGAAAUGGCCUUCAAUUCCAAGAACGGGGAGAAGGUCCAGCAGACAGUCAUGGUCAGUAACGGGGAGAAUGUGGCAGCAUUUUAUGUCAACACCAACAACACGUCAUCAACAGUUCUGUACGACUACAAACAUGAUAUAAUCGGGUUCAGGCGUAUGGGCAACAACAGAUGUUACAUCAUGGACAUGACCACUAGUGAUGUACCUACAAUGAGUGAUAUUUUGAAGAGCGUUAGAAAUUUCCAGAAACAGAACGUCACCAGUGACACCGACAUAUCAUACAAUCUCCUGGAAGGAGAGGAAGCCGAUCGCACCAAACUGGGGGUCCACGUUAACAUUCUCUGCAGAGAUGUCCCCAUCUACUGGGCCACGCAGAACAAGUCUCCACGCCUGCGCUGGAAGUUCACAAUCAAAUUUGAAGUCUUUGGAAUGAAUGUGUCGUUCAGUUUCCAGUCCUGAGGCCAGGAUUGCGCCCUUGUAACAGGACUGUGUCGCCGGGCUUUGGCUCAGGAGUUGGACAGUGUCGGUGGGAGAGUUGGAUCACCGACUUCCUCCCAUGUUCCCUGAUAAGACACCCCCGUGAAACGCAAGGUAUAUAUCUGAAUGUCACACCCAUCGUCUAGAGAACCUCAGGACGCAAGGACUGCAGAAUCUGCUGGCACUACAAGUAAUCUGAAGGGCAAGGAAAGGACUCCAGAUAAAUCUGCCCAACAGCGACAGUCAUGGCCGACAAUGGCCUUUAUCGUUCCAUACAGGGAGCCAAAGUCUCAAGGAGCUCCAGUGGGACAAUCAGUGCAGUGUAUUGCAGUGUUCUCUGCAGGUGUCAUUUCACGGACUAGGGGGCCCAUUCAUCAACAAGUGAUAAAACGCAUUGCAUAUGAUAAAUGAUGCUCCAGCCAAUCAGCUCCCAACUGUCAUUUUUCAAACACAUGACAGGAGCUGAACACAAGACAGUUCGGAGCUGAUUGGCCAGAUCACCAUUUGUAAUAUGCAACAAGCUUUAUCAGUCAUAAUGAAUAUUAACACUCGUUGAUAAAUGGGCCCCAUGGCGUCAUACUUAAUAGCACCUUGUAUUGUUUUAUUGUCUGCAGCGUUUCAUGAAACAGCAUUUCUUGGAAUUUUAUAUAAAAUGUACAUAAUAAAGAAUAAAAAAACUUGUAAAUCUCU